GCAUAAGAAAAAAAUGGCAACUGUUUGCGAGUCUUUACAAAACCAUCUGACAAACCCUUACUUAUGCAGAAAUACGCCCCUUUUUGGGCCUGCAGAGCCACGUGGGCAUUACGCAACAGCUAGGACAAGACUUGGUUUCUAAAAAUGGCUAAUCGUAGAAAACGACCGCGCCACAGUUUUGACUGCUAUCUUGGCUCUCCUGAAGAGAAACAAGCUCUACAGGCAAGGAUAGAGAGAGUGAGGAAGAAGCUAUCGCCUGCUGGACGUACCAUUGACAACCUUUCUCUCAUAAACGCCAUGCUAGACGCUGUAGAAGAGAAACUAGCUAGUGCUGAUGAAGGUACGCCCACAAGUGAUCAAGGGUCUGUUAGGCCCUUCUUGAGAGACAAUAGGAUGUACACUGGUGAUAACAGUCCUGAUGAUCAGACCUUGUUCAUCACUGAGAAGCGCUGCUUUGAUGAUUUGAUGACAGGGCUGGCGUCAUCGUGCUCGGAGUGUUUGGUUCGAAGUUGUUGGCGACUGGACUCUGUGAUUCAGAAAGGGCACGUCAUCAGAGUUUUGUACUCUUGUCGUCACUGCCGGCACCAGAAGAGAUCAUGGUCUAGCUCUCGCGUGUUUGGAGGACACUUCCUCGUCAAUCAAAAGAUGGUACACUCUUUCACUUGUGCUGGGAUCAUUCCAUCCCAGUACAUACAUCUCUCUAUGUUCGCUGGACUGGGCACAGUUGGUCAUGCUUACAUCCGGAGAGUAUACAAUAACAACAGCUACCUAGAGAUUGUGGCCGCGGCAGCUGAACACUCCAUGCAGUCGGCUGUAGAGGAAGUCAAGGCUCUGCCACACUACAGCACUAAGGGAGAAUGGGUGAUAACCGACGCUAGGCAUGAUUCCACGGCCAAUGCGUAUCAUACGACGAAGAUCCUUGGCAUCUCCACCAUCUCUCGGACAGAGCACUCGGUAGCUCAGACCAGAGAAUUGCAGUGUACCAAGGUUGUUCUUCCCCAAGUCAUUGCUAGAGGUACUAAGAACGUAGCCCGGGAGCUCAAGAAGGUCACAGAGGGUCGGGUCAGAGAUCGGAACAUAACGUGGUUCCCCUGA